CUUCCUUUCCUCCAUCGUCAGCGAGAAUGAAGACCAUUCUCAGCAACCAGACCGUCGACAUUCCAGACAACGUCGAGGUGUCCCUGAAAGGGCGCACAGUGGUCGUGAAGGGACCCCGCGGAACUCUGCGCAGAGAAUUCAACCACAUCAACCUUGAGUUGAGCCUCCUCGGCAAGAAGCAAAAGAGGCUUCGUGUUGACAAAUGGUGGGGUAACAGAAAGGAGCUUGCUACAGUUCGGACCAUCUGCAGUCAUGUUCAGAACAUGAUCAAGGGAGUCACGUUUGGCUUCCGUUACAAGAUGAGGUCUGUGUAUGCUCAUUUCCCCAUCAAUGUGGUCGUCCAGGAAACUGGGUCUCUGGUGGAAAUCAGGAAUUUCUUGGGAGAAAAGUACAUCCGCAGAGUACGCAUGAGGCCGGGUGUGACCUGUAAUGUUUCCCAGGCACUGAAAGACGAGCUGGUUCUUGAAGGCAACGACAUUGAGCUGGUGUCCAACUCAGCUGCCUUGAUCCAACAAGCAACAACGGUCAAGAAGAAGGAUAUCCGUAAAUUCUUGGAUGGGAUUUACGUGAGCGAGAAGACCACUGUGCUUGAGAUGACUUCUGAUUAAAAAUGGCUUUCAUUCAGGACUAAAUAAAUUUGCCUUGGAAAAACAAA